GCACCUCCUUCAUUGUCUGAGUAAAGGCACCGGGAGUGGAUCCGCCGCUCGCCUCACUGUAAUCCCGUCUCUCCAAGGCUCACUCGCUCAGUCGUCCGCCAUGGCGACCGCAGGAAGCCUCCUCUCCGGUGCGAGCCGCAUCUGAAACUCCGCCGGGGAAUUCAUUUUGUCCCACUGCGGCUGGACGUGGAUGUAAAGAAAUCUCCCCCCUUCAGCUGGGAAAUACUUGCGUGUGGACAAGCCCGCAUUUUCGAGAGAAGGGGGUUGGGCAGUGAGCAGUGCAGCGCACCAUGGCAGAGCCAGAUUUGGAACCAAUGUCCUCUGGAGCAGUGCAACGCCUUGGAGCCCCAGAGACUCUUGGCAUCAGCACGUUGGACCCCGGGCACAGACCCCCAGCUAUGCCCCCUGGCCGACAUGUCACCAUCAGGGUCCGUAUGUUGGACAACACAGAGGAGCUCUUUGACAUCUCGCAAAAAGCCUCGGGCAAGGUGCUGUUUGACCUGGUGUGCUCCCACAUGAAUCUCAUCGAGGGCGACUACUUUGGCUUGGAGUUUCAGAACCACCAGAAGAUGAUGGUUUGGUUAGACCAUAUCAAGCCCAUUAUCAAGCAACUCAGACGGCCGAAACACACCACCUUGAGGUUUACUGUGAAGUUCUUUCCCCCGGACCACGCUCAGCUGCUGGAGGAGCUGACGAGGUACCUGUUCGCCCUGCAGGUCAAACAGGAUCUUUCCUGUGGACGUCUGACCUGCAACGACAGCAGUGCGGCGCUGAUGGUUUCCCACAUUAUCCAGUCUGAGAUUGGGGAUUUUGAGGAGAGCCAGUGCCGGUCACACCUCCUCAACAACAACUACAUCCCGGAUCAGAUGCCCCUGAUUGACAAGAUCAUGGACUUUCACUCAAAGAACAUAGGUCAAACACCAGCAGAAUCCGACUAUCAGUUACUAGAAGUGGCUCGCAGGCUGGAGAUGUACGGGAUCCGUCUCCACCCUGCCAAGGACCGCGAGGGCUCGAAGCUGAGUCUGGCUGUGGCUCACACAGGUGUCCUGGUCUUCCAGGGAAACACGAAGAUCAACGCCUUCAACUGGUCUAAAGUCCGUAAGCUGAGCUUCAAGAGAAAACGUUUCCUCAUUAAGCUGAGGCCAGAUCUAAAUAAUUCAUAUCAGGACACCCUGGAGUUUCUAAUGGCCAGCAGGGACUGCUGUAAAGUCUUCUGGAAGAUCUGCGUCGAAUAUCACGCCUUCUUCCGGCUCUUCGAAGAACCCAAACCCAAGCCGAAGCCCGUGCUUUUCACGCGAGGCUCCUCCUUCAGAUUCAGCGGCCGCACACAGAAGCAGGUGAUGGAUUACGUGAGGGAGUCUGAGUUUAAAAAGAUCCCGUUUGAAAGGAAACACAGUCGGGUCCAGUACAGCUGUCGGGUCCAACACAACAGUCGCCUGUCGCCAUUGCCUUCCCCACGUCACCAUGAAGUGCCAACAGAAAGUGGUGUUCCCACGGACAGAGUCGACUCCCCCCCUCGGCGUCACUGGAAGGAGUCGGCGCUGGUGAGCGCAGAGGACCCGUCGGCUUCACGGACAGCGAGAACGAGCCCCUCCCAUCAGAGAAACGGCCACGAAGACAGAACGGGGUCCAGGACGGAGGAGGCGAGGGGCUCUGUGCGGCAGACCCACCCGGAACAUCCAACUACAGAAGUGGUUUCCAACAGCCCUCACUUAUCAGCCUCCCCUGGGCACAGGAUGGUCAACGGUCAGAAGUCCCUGGACCUGUGCGGCCACAGCCCCGACGGCCGGCAACCUUCGCCCCUCACCAGCCCGCUGCUCAACGACGCCUGCAGCGUUCGCACCGACGAUGAGGAUGAGGUCCGGAGGAAGAGGUUUCCGACAGACCGAGCCUACUUCAUCGCCAAGGAGCUGCUGACCACAGAGAGGACGUAUCUGAAGGACCUGGAGGUGGUGACUGUGUCUUUCCAGAGUGCCGUGGGGCAAGAUGAGGCCACUCCAGACUCCCUGAGGAGCACCAUCCUCUCCACCUUCGAGCCCCUGCACAAGUUCCACACAGGUUUUCUCAGGGAGGUGGAGCAGAGGCUGGCUCUGUGGGAAGGUCGCUCCAAUGCACACAUUAAAGGAGACUACCAGCGCAUCGGAGAUGUCAUGUUGAAGAACCUUCAAGGUCUGAAGCCCCUGACAAUAAACCUGAACAAGCAGUCGGACAUCCUGCUGGAGCUGGAGAAGGCGUGCAAGGGUUCCCGCAAGUUGGAGAGUCUUUGCAGGGACUUCGAGCUGCAGAAAGUCUGCUACAUCCCGCUCAACGUGUUCAUUCUGCGGCCUCUGCACCGCCUCAUUCACUACAAGCAGAUACUGGAGCGUCUGUGUAAACACUACCCAGCUACUCAUGUGGACUUCAGGGACUGCAGAGCCGCUCUAGCGGACGUGUCUGAGGUGGUGGACCAGCUCCAGGGAAGUCUAAUCAAGAUGGAGAACUUCCAGAAGCUUCUGGAGCUUAAGAAGGAUUUGAUUGGCGUCGACAAUCUCGUUGUUCCUGGUCGGGAGUUCAUCAGGUUAGGCUGCCUCAGCAAACUUUCUGGAAAGGGCCUACAGCAACGAAUGUUUUUCUUGUUUAAUGAUGUGAUUUUGUACACGAGUCGGGGGAUGACGGCGACCAAUCAGUUCAAAGUGCACGGCCAGCUGCCGCUCCAUGGCAUGACAAUCAGAGAGAGUGAGGAUGAGUGGGGGGUGCCUCACGCCUUCACGCUGGUUGGGCAGCGGCAGUCGGUGGUGGUGGCAGCAAGUUCUUUGACAGAAAUGGAGAAGUGGAUGGAGGAUUUAAGGCUCGCGAUAGAAAUGGCGAAAACCAGCAACGGCCCUUCGUGUGACCUCCUGACCAGCAUCCCGACAGACAACAAAUGCCCGGAGGACUCCUUGGUGGAGGCAGAGUCCGAGGACGACAUGACAGCUUCGCACACCUCGCUGGACAGGCCCGCCCCUCACCGUGGUAACACCAUGGUGCACGUGUGCUGGCACAGGAACACCAGUGUGUCCAUGGUGGACUUUAGCAUAGCCGUGGAGAAUCAGCUCUCAGGAAACCUACUGAGGAAGUUCAAGAACAGCAACGGCUGGCAGAAGCUCUGGGUGGUCUUCACCAACUUCAGCCUGUUUUUCUACAAGUCUCAUCAGGAUGAUUAUCCGCUGGCCAGCCUCCCACUGCUGGGCUACUCAGUCACCAUCCCCUCCGAGUCUGAGAACAUCCACAAGGACUACGUCUUCAAACUGCAUUUUAAAUCCCACAUCUAUUAUUUCCGAUCAGAGAGUGAAUACACGUUCGAAAGGUGGAUGGAGGUCAUCCGCAGCGCUACGGUGCCCUUAAGUCGCGCUCGUGUCCUCAACAGCAAAGAGACUCAUCCUCACUGAGUCGACUCACCUUGUCCCCACACGCUGUCUCCUCCGGGUGGCAUCCGCCCGUCCUGCCCCCCUCUCCUGGACUCUUUGCUUUUAUUUUCUACGCAUACCUGGGACAUUUGUACAUGUGUCCAUGCACAUUUGGUGCUUUUUAAUGCUUUAAUGGUGACAUGUCCGCUGGUUUAGACUGCAUCAGAGACUGCAUUUUUGGCAUUUUUACUCUCAACUCAGAAACCUCUUUUUAAGGAUGUCAUUUUAUACUGUUUUUCUAAUGGUCUGAACCACUUCCUAUCUUUCUGAUUUUACAUUUUGUCAUUGGUUGUUUUUAUGGCAGAAAACCCGUUGAUAUAGACUCCCAGCAUCCUUUCGUAGAUGGUUGAGCUGUCACUGCAUUGUCAUAAACCUUUUUUUUUUUUUUUGUCUACGUUUUACUGAAAACGGCUGCUUUGAAAAUGUCCUGCAAUUUCAGUGCCAAACUGGUUUAUAUUGGUGACAUUGUGGACUUUUUAAAUGCUAUUUUUUACCAUAAAAAUUUAAAAUCAUGUACCACCCUUUAACGUCAAUACUCCAAUGCUCCAGCCCAGCACAAAGUGUCCCCGUUAAAAAAGACAAAAAACGAAGGAGGUGAACAUGAAAUUAUUUCGUUGUAUUAUGGACAUAACCCUCGGAUGGAUCACAGUGUGGCCAGGGGUAGCUGUCAUCACCACUAAUGCCAUUUCAAGUAAAUAUUGUAUUAGCUGAUGUUUGUUAUAUUAAUACUCUCAGAGAGUUUUUUUGUUUUUUAACUAACUCUGACGUUCCCGUUCAGUUGUGUGAGAAAAUGUGUUCAUAAUCACUGUGUUAUGACGGCAAGUGUAAUUGAAAGCUUUAAAGAUAGCGUGUGAAACAACACUGACACUACUUUCAGUUCCAGACGCCUGUUGCCCUCACUGAUCUAGGCUGCCUCUCGUAUACAGGUCUUUUUUUUUCUUUUUUUUUCUAGGGUCUGAAUGAACGGAAAUAUGCAUUUGACAGGGUUUUGCAGUGAAGUAUAUGAGAUGGGAAAACCUCAGUUCUGAUGAGAAUUGCGGUGCUUUUUUUCCAGACAACAGAGAGCUCUUUGGAAAUGAAAGCAAUAAAAAAAAAACUUCCUCAAUCUUUGA